GCCUGCCGGGCUGUGUGGGUGAAGAUAUGAGGGGUUUAAUUGCUGCUGCACUAUCUUGCUCCCUGCGUGGAGUCGGAACUCGGGGGUGUGAAUGAGCUGGAACUCGCGGCUGGUUGGAGAGCCGGUGACAAACAGUCCGGAUUAGCUCCUCAAAACGCAGAGCAAAAACCUGACGGACUCUACAUCAAACUGCGGAAAUUCCUCAGCAGCGUUCAUCCUCGAAAGUAAAAAAAAAAGAAAGAAAGGCGAGCCACUACUUUGUUUUCAGGGGAGACCGGGAAGUGGCCAAACAAUGGACAGGGGGAGCGCGUUUUAUUGCUCACGGAACGGGACAGAUGUUUUGUAAAGACCGGGCCGUGGAGGAGCCACACAACGAAGAGAAGGACGGCACACGUCAAAGAAACGGCGCUGCACAAAGGAAGGAGGGCAUCGCAGGACGCGUGUGAGCAUUGGAAGCAGUGCCCUAGAUCUGAAUAACUUGUGAGUUACUCUGGCAUUCAGGCUCCUUUCAUGGCGUUUCUCGACCCUGCACCUGGACAAACAACGGGAAUGCGGUUGGUGGCACUACAUCUCCAUGCGUAAAUGGAGACCCAUCGGCGCAUAUUCGCUGUGCUUUUUCAUUAUGCGUACAAUCAAUUCUGGUUGUCACUAACUCUUGCCCUGUCCCAUGACCACACUGCUACAUAUGCAUUAUAGACUUCCUCAUACUUCAUAUCUACCAUGAGCGAUGGCGAUGCCUGCAGAAUCUGACAGUACCGGUGCGCAGAGCACUCGUGAAAAAAGCUUCAGCGCACCGGAUCGCAAUGGUUAUGUGAAAACAUGUGUCAUCCCACUGAGCAGUGACCGAGAUUACGAGUCGUGGGUGAGGCUAAUGUUCACCAAAGUAUGGAGUUCCCAGAGACUCCGGAGUGCGGUGUGUGUGGGGUCGCUCUCGGUUUUCCUCGCUCUGUUGGUCAAAUGUGCAGACUGGAGAGCUGAAGCCAGCAGCAGCAGCGCUGACAACAGCCUCUCGCAUUCAUCUUCUCCCCUUCACUUGGUUUCAGGCUGCGCGGCGGAGCUGUUGCAAACUUGCUGGAGUGUUGUUUCCCCUUUGUUCACCCUCGUGUGUGCCUUCUUUUGGGUCGGUGUCUACUUAAUCCGCUGCGGAGUUCUCAUCCAGAGCGCCCUCUCCCUCCUCACCGUGUGCCACCUGGGCGCAGCAGCCGCGUGGUCUCUCCUGGACGGGACAGAUGAGCAGCUGUUUUCGUUCACGACAGCGGCCGUGGUCGUGCUCAUCUGCGUGGCCACCGGCGCACUCAUGGUAGCGCGGCUGAAUCAGGGCAUAUCUGUGGUGGUUUUCAUUAGCCUCGUCAGGACUAUCUCACUCUUCUCGCUGCACAAAGUGCGGGCCACUUGGAGACCGUACGUCGCGUACCUGGUUGGAGUGCUGGGCAUCCUGCUGGCGAGGUAUGCUGACAAGCUCCUUCCCAACCAAGGGAGACACAAGGAGGGCUGCACCCCCGUGACUGGAGCUAGGGAAGAGAUCCCUGUAUUUAAAAGGCGCAGGAGGUCCAGUUCUGUGAUAGCCUCAGACAUGGCACACAGUCAGUCCAACAGUAAGUCACAUCGCCGGACCUCUCUGCCAUGCAUCCAGAGGGACCAGAUGCUCCCCCGUUCGGAUUGGGACCACAAGAGAGGCUCCCGGGGAUCACAGUCAUCAGGCACCACCGUCAUGGUGGACAUAGCGGUGAUGGGAGAAGCCCACGGACUGAUCACAGACCUGCUGGCUGACCCCUCUCUGCCCCCCAACACCUGCACCUCACUGCGGGCCGUCAGCAACCUGCUAACCACCCAGCUCACCUUCCAGUCGCUGCACCGGCCACGCCCUGCUCCACUGCUGAACCUCGGCGAUGCCUACACACUCUCCGACUCAGAGGAGGGACCAGAGAAGGGAGAGAAGACGUCCAUCCAUAAGCGUCUGAGGCGCAGUCUCCACCCUGGUCUUCUAAGGAGGAUCUCUUCCACGUGGACCACCACCACCUCCGCCACAGGCCUGCCCACCAUUGAGCCUGGGCCCGUCCGAAGGGACCGCAGCGCCAGCAUCAAACCCUACCAUGAAGCGCUCGCCUGCAGCUGUGGGAGACCAUACAUCAGACUGAGCCAUGGGGAGGGUUCUAUAGACAAGGGAGACAGGAUACCACGGUCAGCAGAGGACCAAGUGAUGGUGUCAUCAGACUAUGACAGCACCCACGAAGCCAACCACAGUGACAGCAGUGAUGUAGCACGCACAGAGGAGGACACAGAGGAAGGAAAAAACCCUGCCCAGAAUGUCAUCCUCCACCCACUAAUACCUCCUGAGGACAAACCAAUUCUGGCUCCAGAGCCGUUAGUUAUGGAGGACUUAGAGCCUUUGAUGAGUCAGCUAAAUAAUUGGAACUUCCCCAUCUUCAAUUUGAUGGAGAAGACCAAUGGGAAAUGUGGACGGAUCCUCAGUCAGGUCUCCUACAGGCUCUUUGAAGACACUGGCCUGUUUGAGACCUUCAAGAUCCCUGUAAAUGAAUUCAUGAACUACUUCCACGCCCUUGAGAAUGGUUACAGAGACAUACCAUAUCACAACCGGGUCCACGCCACAGAUGUGCUUCAUGCAGUCUGGUACCUCACCACGCAGGCAGUGCCUGGUCUGCCCAGCCUCAUCAAUGACCACGGCUCUGCCAGUGACUCAGACUCCGACAGUGGAAUAACACACAGUCAUAUGGGCUUCCUGGUUUCAAAGACCUACACUGUGUCAGAAGAUGGUUACGGCUGCCUGUCAGGCCUCAUACCAGCUCUGGAGCUCAUGGCCCUUUAUGUGGCCGCUGCGAUGCACGACUACGACCACCCCGGGCGGACCAAUGCUUUCCUUGUGGCCACCAGCGCCCCACAGGCAGUGCUCUACAACGAUCGAUCUGUCCUGGAAAACCACCACGCUGCCUCGGCCUGGAACCUCUUCAUGUCGCGGCCAGAGUACAACUUCCUGGUCAACCUGAACCACGGGGAGUUCAAGCGUUUCCGUUUCCUGGUCAUUGAGGCCAUAUUGGCCACUGAUCUGAAGAAGCACUUUGACUUCCUCGCUGAGUUCAAUGCCAAGGUGGGUGAUGAUCCAUCCACGGGUAUUGAUUGGUCUAAUGAGAACGACAGGUUGCUGGUCUGCCAGAUGUGCAUUAAACUCGCUGACAUCAAUGGGCCUCUGAAGUGCAAGGACCUGCAUCUGCAAUGGACCGAGGGCAUCGUCAACGAGUUCUAUGAACAGGGCGAUGAGGAGUCCAGCCAGGGCCUCACGGUCAGCCCCUUCAUGGACCGAGCGGCACCACAGUUGGCCAAACUCCAGGAAUCGUUCAUCACACACAUUGUGGGACCGCUGUGCAACUCGUACGAUUCAGCCAGCCUCAUGCCUGGACGAUGGGUGGAGCACAACCCAGAGGAAGAGGAGCCAGAGAUCACUGAGAAUGAGGAGGAGGAUGAUGAGGAUACUGCAGAAGAAGACACGUCCACCAGCUCAGAAGCAUCACAGCAAGGAACAUCCAACAAGAGAAGGAAAGUCUUCUGCCAGAUCACCCACCACCUGCUGGAGAACCACGAGAUGUGGAAGAAGGUGAUCGCAGAGGAGGACCAGAAACAGGGCCAAGGAGCAGAAUCUGUCCAUUUAAACAAUGUAGCCGAGCCAAUCCUGGCUAUUCACGAGGAGGAAGAGGAGCCAGGCAGCCGAGAGGAGCUGGUAGAAGGAGAGGAUCCAGAGGAGGGGGUGGAGGAACCAGAGUGGCCUGUUUCUCCGCAGGAGGACUCUCAGCCUCCGGUGGAACUAGCAGAGGGGGACCCACAGUGAAACAGCCUAAUGGAAAUAUGGCGCCAGUCAGGGCAAGGACGUGAAGAAGUAUUUCUUGUUUUCUUAUCCUAUCAACUGACUCCUGUCUUUGCCAGCACUUCACUUAGACACAACACUGUAGAUGUUUGGGAAAUGUGUGCCUAUACAGAAAAAAAAAAAACAGGGUGGGAAAAUUUGUGCUUUACACAUUUUAUCUGAAUAUCUGGUUUCACCAAACAAUUAAAGGAGCUUUCCAUUUUGCAAUACAGGAUUAUUUGUGUACUUUGGGAUACAGACUCUUUUGCUACUGUCAAGAGAAGAGGAAAAACUGCUCGCACAGACCUCAACCCAAUGUGGUAACACAGGACUGCAGACAUUUGCUGCCAAUUUAUACAUAAUUAUUUUCUGAAUGCAAUUAUAUAUAGACAUCACAGUUACUUGUACUUGUGUUUCAAUUUUAGCAAGAGUUUUUGAGGUCUCACAUGGGCCAUAAUGUUUUCUUUUUCUAUAUAUGGAUUAUAAAGGGAGUCAAUCAAAUGAGGAACAUUGGCGUAUCUUUUAUUCCUUUCAACUUCUGCCAAAAUGAAUCACUCACCCAUAGGAUUUUCCAUAUGAAAUCAAAUGAUAGCACUUUUUCGUCUUACAUUUGUUGCCAAAUUAAGUACUUUAUACAAUUUGGUGUAGCCAUAUUACUUUAUUGUUGGAGACUCGAGGCUCUUUACACUCUGUAUUUGUGUGCGUGCGUGUGUGUCUGCAUGUUUAAAUUAGUGUGCUCAAAUGCACAAUCCUUCCACAGAGGACAUAGAUAGAUUCAGCAGAUUUAUCCGCGCCAUCUCUGGUCUCCAGCCCCGAGUGGUCAUAGUGGUCAUUACAGGGUUCACUGUCUCACAUGUAGUCCAGAGGUCUGCACUGACAAGGCAACAGAGGGGGAGUUGGAAAUUAAUCUGUGCUGAAUACAAAACCAAAAAUGGAAUACAGUACACAGAACAUACAGUAAUACUACCAAAUUGUGAAGCGACAAACAACUGCAUUAUUAAAUCUUUGAUGAUGGCCACAGGUAGACUAACUAAUACACUGUCCUACAACUUCUUUUGUCUAUUUCUUUUUGCAAUUGUUGACUAUCUGACUAUGUAUUUGGACUCAGUGUGCUGUAUUUUAGUCUUUAUUUACUGGUUCUCAUUAUGUUAAAAAAAAACUGCAAAUGAUGCUGAUCUUUAACCCUCAGGAAAAACUCAACUGUUGAAAUUUAAAGUAAACAUCUGUAUCACCUGUGAGGACAGUAAGUUACAGUUACGGUUACAAAUAUGCAGGGAUCGUAAGCUAGUUUUAAAUAUGUUCAUGAAAGGCCUUUAUGCCACAACCCCUUUGACUAUUAUAACAUCUUUGCAUCUAAACACUGUGCAUCUUUCUGAAUUCUUCUCCUGGCACCUCAGGGAGGCAUUCAUUCUCCCAGAGUUACAAGCAGGCAGGACAGGACAGGGAAGUUAAGGUUGAUAAAAGUGUGUUGGUGCAAGGCUGAGAGCCGCUACACUUAUCAGAGACUAAAUACUGAAGCUGUUUGAUGCCAGUAGAAAAUAUUGCUUUUUAUGAAAUGGAUAUGUAUCAGCAGUAAAAGUUACAUUUUCAGUAAUGGCCAAGACGAGGGUGAUGGCAGCAGUGUGUCUUAUUUACAGUUUCCUCUUUGAAACAUCAAGUUUGUCAUUAGGAUUUCCACCCAAUGUUCCGUCUCUCGUACUUUCCCAACAUUUGGCCCUAAAAUGUUGUGUCCCAUCACUUUUUUAUGACGGAAAAUAAUUUGCAUUAGUAGCACAAUGUGAUUAUAUUUAAAAAUGACAUUCCCUACCUAUAAUGCAAAUCUCGGGGUCAUAAUGUUCUUACUGCUUCACGAUCACUGUGAUAAAAUAUAAAAAAGGUAGUGAGUGUGUCGGUUGUAGCAAUCGUCACUCCAGACAUUCAAUUGAUGAAAUCAAUGAAGCAAAGAGAAAGUGCUCUCCAAGAGUUAUUAAAAACAUUGACUGACCUGAGGUUGCAUUAUAUCCCCUACUUUCCACCAAGAAAAAGCCACAAGUUAAACCAAAUUAAAUAACCAACUGCACAGUAGCUUGAGUAGGAUGCAAAAAUGUCACUGAAGAAUAUCCCACUUUGCUUCAAUAAUUCACAGUCACAUAGAAAAAGUGUUUGAGAGACCAUAAGUAGAUCUUGAGUUGAACAAGCAAAGUGCUUUACACUGAGUUGGCAGGUCAACUUUCUGUCACACACGAGUGCAGUGAGGAAAUACAUUAUGAAUUAUCCACUGCUAAUCUCGUCGAGUUCCGAUGACCUACAUGCAUAUUUGAAUCUCUUGUGCGCUGGUUUCUCAUCAUAUACUGUUCCACAUCUCUCCUCCACAAUCUCAUUUCUUUAAACUCAAUGAUAAAAGGCUCCACGGCACACAAGGGAACCUGUGGACAGAAUAUGAGAGAGCUUUCCCGUGAAGUAAGUUACAAUGGGUGUAGAGCUUCAGGGCCUUGUACCCUGCAUUGAGAUGCUCUGAUAUCACCCAAUGUUCCCAACUGAGGCGAAUAGCGCGCGUGAUGGCCCGUUAACCGCUGCCCUGACGCUGCUCUCUGCUGCGGUGUCGAGGGAAGGACGACGAACUCAGGAACUGCAGCUUUUAGGCCAAACAAGUUGAAUAUGAUUGGUUGACCCUGCUGAUCAGAAAGGCAUUCGACCGAGAAUCAGCUCCAACUUGAGGCAGCCACUGAAUCAGAACUUUCUUUUCUUGUGGACUCUAAUAAUCAUGUGUCGCCUCACUCAUUGUACCUUAUAUACAAAAUGCCUCGUGUGUUGCCUGCAAUUCAUUCAAUGUUUAUCCCUAAUAUAGUCUUAACUACAGAAACACAUUUUAUUCAGCAUUUUGAAAAACCUGAUGAGAUGGAAAAAAAAAAACAAUGUUAUAUUGGCAAGCAAUUCAAUACAACACAGACUUCUUAGCUAAAGUGGUCCAGAAUUAUAAAUAUAUAUAAUUACAUCAACUUAAACUGUUUAAACGUUUUGCUUUGUGAAUGUAUAAAUAACGUAUACAGUGCGUGCAUGCGUGUGUGUGUGUGUGUGUGUGAGAGAGAGAGAGCAAGAUAAUGUGUGUUUGUAUCUGUGUUUGUUUGAUUUCUUCCAUCGGCCUCUCUAAUGUGACUUUAUUUGGCUAUAUAGCGUUUACUGUUGAGUAGCGGCUUACUCGCAUGUAGAGGUGGUGAAACAAUGAAUGGUAAAGUGAUGCAGAAAGUAGUACUUCAAUUCUUCUCAGAUACUCAGAUGAAAUCUUUAUUCACAGAAGGUCCGGUUGCAUAUUUCUCCUUGUGCUUCCUCUUUGAUCUGCCAAGUGCUCGGUGUGCAGAUCAGAGAUCCUCGGUCGAGCGUUCAUCACGUGUCUCGUCAUCUUUAAAGGUGAUGAGAUUCUGUCCACUGUGUUAGUCUGUUGGUCUCUCUCCUUUUUAGCGAAGCAUUGUGUCCCCUGUCACGCCAGUCCGAAGUCAUACUUGCUCUUGAACUGAUCCAGUAUCGGUUUUGAUAGUGUAUUUUUUGUGUCUUAAUUGGUUUUAUUUCAUUGUCAUAUACUUAUUCACACAUAAAGCAUAAUUGUAACCAUGGGAACCAAACAAGCUUCACGAUUCAUGUAAAACAAAAUGAGAUGAGUAUUUUUAUAUAGUUGACACAUGAUUAAAUAAUUGCUUUCUUUUCACUAGUACCUUGCACUUAUCACAUGUACUAAUACUUACACAAGGAAGAAUAUGUCCAAAUACACAGUAUUUGUGAAAGUAAAAUCAUUUUCUUGCAGGUUGACGCUCCAUUUUGUACAAUAUACAUAUAUGCUGUACAGUAGAGAAAUUUUAAAACUACAAAAACUCUUUUAGAUAUACAUUAUUUAUUUUUACCAUUUUGUAAUUUAGACACUAUACUGUAGCUUCAAUAUUGCCAGACUUACUGGAAGUGCCUAUAUUGGUAUUAUGUAUCAUACAGUGAAUAUAUUUGAAGAUCAUUAGAAGUUGUCAUAAACUGAACCAUGUGGAUGUUGUAAUGUGAAUACAUUGAAUUACAAGACUAUAAUUUCUGUGGUAUCCUUGUG